UGUUUUUAUAUAUACUCUCUUCUAUUUUUCUGCUCCCAAGAGAGUUCAACAAAAAUGUCCUCCUUCUCUUCCAUUUCUUCUUCACACUCCCAGACAAAUUAAACCGCUUACAUUUUCUCUCUCUAACUCUACCCAACUGUUUUUAGAGUGAGAAAGUGUUGAAAAACCAAAAAAGGGAGCUAAUUUUGGUGUAAAGAUGAAAACUUUACUAUUUUUUUGGGUGCUAAUGUUAAUGUUAGUGUUAAAUAACACUAAUCUAAUGCAAUGUAGUGUGAGUUAUGAUAAAAAAGCACUUUCCAUUAAUGGGCAAAGAAGGAUUUUGAUUUCUGGUUCUAUACAUUACCCUAGAAGCACUCCUGAUAUGUGGGAAGAUCUAAUAAUGAAGGCUAAAGAUGGUGGAGUUGAUGUCAUUGAUACCUAUGUGUUUUGGAAUGGUCAUGAACCUUCUCCUGGAAAUUUCAAUUUUGAAGGAAGAUAUGAUUUGGUUAGAUUCCUAAAGAUUGUUCAGAAAGCUGGGCUCUAUGCUCAUCUCAGAUUGGGACCUUAUGUUUGUGCUGAGUGGAAUUUUGGUGGGUUUCCUGUAUGGCUGAAGUAUGUUCCAGGAAUCAGCUUCAGAACUGAUAAUGAACCUUUCAAGAUGGCAAUGCAAGGAUUCACUGAAAAGAUUGUGAACUUGCUCAAGGGUCAUGACUUGUUUGAGCCUCAGGGGGGCCCAAUUAUUCUCUCCCAGGUUGAAAAUGAAUAUGGAAAACUAAGGAUGAAACUUGGACAAGAAGGGUAUAACUACAUGAAUUGGGCUGCACAUAUGGCUCUCAGUACGCAAACAGGCGUUCCAUGGACAAUGUGCAAAGACGACAAAACUCCUGAUCCUCUGAUUAAUACUUGCAAUGGUUUCUACUGCCAUCAAUUUACACCCAACAAACCAUACAAACCUAAGCUCUGGACUGAGGCCUGGAGUGGCUGGUUUACUGAGUUUGGAGGGUCCAAGACCCAAAGACCAGUACAAGAUUUGGCGUUUGCUGUUGCACGCUUCAUACAGACAGGAGGGUCCUUUGUAAACUACUACAUGUACCAUGGUGGGACGAACUUUGGACGAACUGCGGGUGGCCCAUUUAUCACUACUAGUUAUGACUAUGAUGCUCCUCUUGAUGAAUAUGGUUUGAUCAGGCAACCAAAAUAUGGCCACUUAAAGCAACUUCACAAGGCAAUCAAGCUAUGUGAACCCGCAUUGAUUUCAGCCGAUCCUAUUGUUACUCAGUUGGGAGAUCGUCAGCAGGCUCAUGUUUUUUACCCAGAAAGUGGAGGCUGUGCAGCCUUCCUUUCAAAUUACGAUACAGAUUCUGGAGUAAGAGUCCUAUUCAAUAAUAAGCAUUAUAGCUUGCCUCCCUGGUCCAUCAGCAUACUUCCUGACUGCCGAAACGUAGUUUUCAAUACAGCAAAGGUCGGAGAACAAACAUCGCACAUGGAAAUGCUGCCGAGUAACUCGCAAAUAUUAUCGUGGGAGAGCUAUAACGAAGAUGUGUCCGCUUUAGAUAAUGAUGGAUCGACGAUAACAGCCGUUGGUCUUUUAGAGCAGUUAAAUUUGACCCGAGAUAGAACCGACUAUCUCUGGUACAAAACAAGUGUUGAUAUUAAUCCAUCGGAGUCAUUCUUUAGUAAUGGGGAACUCCCGACUCUCAUAGUUGGAUCGGCAGGACAUGCUGUUCACGUGUUCGUGAAUGGACAGCUUAUAGGAUCUGGUUUUGGAGGAAGGAAAAGUAGAAGAUUUACCUUCAGUCAAAAAGUAAAUUUGCAACAAGGAACAAACAAAAUUGCUCUACUAAGCAUAUCAGUUGGUUUACAAAAUGUAGGAGGACAUUUUGAGUCUUGGAACACAGGAAUCCUCGGUCCAGUUGUAUUGCAUGGGCUUGAUCAAGGAAAACUCGACUUAUCCUGGGAAAGAUGGACUUAUCAGAUCGGUUUGAUGGGUGAAACUAUGAAUCUUGCGACUCCAAGUGGUAUAUCUAUGGUAGAGUGGAUGGACAGUAAAAUUGCUGUGCGAGAACAGCAACCCUUGAUGUGGCACAAGGCUUACUUUGAUGCGCCUCAGGGAAAUGAGCCAUUGGCAUUGGACAUGGAAAGUAUGGGAAAGGGUCAAGUCUGGAUUAACGGGGAAAGUAUCGGAAGAUAUUGGACAAAUUAUGCUACUGGUGAAUGUAAGGGUUGCAGCUAUACUGGGCGAUUCGAACCACCCAAGUGUCAAGUUGGAUGCGGAAAACCAACGCAAAGAUGGUACCACGUUCCUCGAUCAUGGUUAAAACCAUCGAGAAAUCUGAUUGUUCUGUUUGAAGAAAUAGGCGGUGAUCCUACAAAAAUUUCCCUUGUAAAGAGAUCAAUGAACACAAUUUGUGCACAAGUCUCUGAGACCCAUCGAACCAUCAAAAGCUUUCAGGUGGAAAGCUAUGGAGAUACGGUACAAGAAUUCUAUAUACCAAAGGUCCAUUUACAAUGUGCUCCCAACCAGCGUAUUUCCGCUAUAACAUUUGCUAGUUUCGGAACGCCUGUUGGAACAUGUGGAAGUUUCGAGAAGGGUGAUUGCCAUGCUUCGACCUCUAGUGCAGUCUUAGAAAAGAAAUGCGUAGGGAAGCAAAGUUGUGCAGUGACUGUAACUAACAGAAAUUUCGGAAGGGACCCAUGCCCAAACGUGUUGAAGCAAUUAUCGGUUCAAGCACUCUGUGCCUCUAUUACAAACUAGUAUACACUUAACACCAUUGAUCACGAAUCACAACACAUGAUAGUUCAACAAAACACACAGGAAACGAAGGAUAUUCAGCCUCUAAGUGUGCGUGUAUUAGAUAGGUUCAAAUUGUAGUCGUUUAGAUUAGAUUUUAGAUCGAGCCAGCCAUCGAGAAAAUGCUUUGCUUUGUUAUGUAUUCUGUAACUGUAAAUUCGUUUUUUUAGGCGAAGCCAGUUUGUGGUGGAGUAACUGUGUUCAGAGCUCCAUCAUCAUUCUAUGGCUCCAGCCUUUGGCCUUAAAACAGGGGCUGGAAAACAAAAUGGUGUGAUCUUCUUUGU